AUGGGCGUAGGAGGCAUUCUGGAGCCUUUGACUGUCAUCGUCCUUCUUUUUGGAGGGACAUGGAUCAAUCGAGAGACCCAUGGCUCGCGACGCUGUCCCAGAAUUUCUCAAUCUCGAUUGCAUCAUAAGCAGUCUCUUUUGUCGACGGAGGAGUAUAAGACAAAAAGCAGGAAUGAUGUAUUCGACCCAGAAAACAUCACCGACAAGGAUGAAGCGUUGGUCAACAGACCUUUGUCACCAUCACUACUUGUUCAAGACGAGGAGCAAUGGAGGAAAAGAACAGUGGGAAGUGGCUUGUAUAAAAUCGAGAUUCACACACCCAAUACCGCUGUCUUUCGUUGUCGUAUGUUGAGUCGUCUUCUCCGAAGAUUCCCAUUUCUGGUGGAGUGCUGGUACUGGGCUUUGGUGUACUGGACAUACCAGCUCGGUCGCGCCUUUACCGCCGUCACGCUUAAAGAAAACACCGUUGAUGUCGCAAGAGAACAUGCCCUGCAAGUGAUCCGAGUGGAGCAAUCACUCGGGAUUUUCUUCGAACUUGAUAUCCAGCAGUUCUUUUUGCGCCAUCCGUUGUUGAUGUCGUGGACGAAUUGGAUAUACUCUUUCAUCCACAUCCCCGGUACCAUUGCGUUUUUGGUAUGGCUCUAUUACUACACAACCACGAGGAAUUCGCUUGAUCACCAAAUGCCCAGUCCUCUGAACCACGGCGUCGAUGGCUCGCCCCCCGGUCCACCACUGUAUGCUGCGCGCAGACGGACUUUGGCUGUGUGCAACCUGCUCGCCUUCAUAGUCUUUACUCUGUGGCCAUGUAUGCCUCCUCGUCUGCUGAGCGACUCCCAAGUCCCAGGGCAAAUCGGUGAACUUUCCCGGAGUUAUGGAUUUGUCGAUACUGUACAUGGCAAAAAUGGUGCUGGCAGCGUUUGGACUGAAAAUAGAUUCUGCAAUCAAUACGCUGCAAUGCCGUCACUUCAUUUUGGUUAUUCCUUGAUGAUCGGUCUGACGAUCAUGACAAUACCCUUGCCGCCCAAGCACCGUCGGUCGAAAGCAAUGCAAAUGCCUCUUUCCAGUCGUAUCAGCAUUCGACUUGCUCUUCCGUCAUGGCGUCGCAUGCUUUGCCUUGCGCUAGGCGUCGCCUAUCCUUUGACCAUUUUGGCUGCUAUUAUCGCUACUGCCAAUCACUUCAUCCUGGAUGCGGUCGCCGGUACGAUUGUUUGUGUUCUCGGUUGGUGGGCAAACCCGGUCUUAUUGAACCUGCUUCCACUUGAGGACCAUUUUCUCUGGAUUCUGCGCCUCCAUAAGCCAGAGAGACGGGUCAUUGAUGUUUAUGAACGCGCAGAACAACAAGGCGAUGAUGGAACAAUGGCACACGCCACCUUCAUUGAGUAA